AUGGCGUCCCUGACAACCAGCCUCUCCGCCACCGGCAGGGGCGGCGCUGGUUCGUGCCACAAGCCGGCGCUCAGCACCUGGAGGCCCGCCCCCUCGGCGCGAGUCCCGCGGGGGUUGUUGUCCCAUCGCAUCCCCUGCUUGGGCUGCGGGGGAGCGGCGCUGGCGCCGGCGGCGGCUCUCCGGCGGCGGUGUCCUAGGAUUCCGGUGGCAGCGGGGAUCAGGGCCAGCGUGCAGUUCCCGGCGGUGCCAGGGAGCGGGGGGGCGCGGGUGGAGUCGGAUUUGCUGCCCAAGGACGUGCGCGAGCGGGCCAUGGGCGCAGUGGAUUCCUUCGGGGGUAGGGUCACCAUCGGAGACGUCGCCAGCAGAGCGGGGCUCAAGUUGGGCGAGGCGGAGAGGGCUCUGCAGGCUCUCGCGGCCGAUACGAGUGGCUUCCUCGAGGUAGAUUCCUCACACCCCUGAUCUUCCUUGUUUAUUUUUUUCUCAAUCGCCGAAUUACUGGUUGAUUACUUGUGGCCGACCGCCUUUAAUCUUUCAGUGUUGGGAUAAAAUGUUGUGGAUAUGCCGCGCGUCAGUGCGUUCUCUUGUUUCUAGCUGGUUGGACUCGAAUUUCAGUGUUCCAUGGCUGUGCUUCAGCCGGGCUGAUUACAUAUCAGGGAUUUCAGUGUGUAGUACAUAUCUGUUCGUCAUUAUUAGGAAAGAGUUCGAGACAAUAUUAGUCGUGCAUUGGAUCAGAUAAGGUUCUUUUUCCCCCUUGUGGAGCAGUGCUGGGUGUUAUAAACGCAAAAUACCAGAGGCCUUGGAUUCUGAAGAAAGAAAGCGGGGGCAUGCACGGAUCAGCAUGUUUUCAUGUUAGGGGAGACAGAAACCUAGGUAAACAACUAAAUCGAUUGAGAACUCAAAGACAUCUAAACCAUGUCUUUGAUUUCAGAGAUUUUUCUGGCAGAUUAACAUUGUAGCCAUUUUGGGCUUCCCAUGCGUGGAUGCCGUCCACAAGGAACACAGGUGUUGGACCAUUUCUUUCUUGAGAGGCCAUCUUUACUGCAUUCCAUUGCCGUGCAUGCAAGUCAGAAAACUCCAACAUCACUUUUUGGAGUAGUGUUACAUUACGUAUGUAGAGUGAACACUAUAGUUCCUCUGCCAAUUAAAAAUGAGAUGACAAGAUGGAGUUUUGGCCAGUGCUGAUUAGUGAGACUCCAGGGAUUGCUUGCAUCCGAGAUUACGUCCUAAACUGUCUCAAAAUUGACGGGAGAAGACAUUAUUAGGCAAUGUUGGUCGUAAAUGCUACUUUGUUCAUCCUUCGGUAGUUAUUUUGACGUAGAUAACUUGAAUCCCUCGUUAUGGAGGCAAGGUGAUCAAUUUGGGAUCUGGGUACCAUUUCCCCAUUUUGUGUUCUUUGAUGAUUCUCUGAUCUAAUGAUGAAUGUGUGAUGCUAAUGUAUUGAUCGAGUACUUCAUUUUGAAAAUGAUAUCAUAUUAGUUGUGCCUCGUAUCACUGGAAUUUGCUGAUUAUUUUCAUGUGAUUGUGUUCAAUCUUGUGCAUUCAGUGACAACAGUCAAUCCUUACGCCAGAGACAAUGACUGUUCAGAAGGUCUCUGCUCACUUUCUUGACUUUUUUAUGUUGUCCCAUGAGGGAAAUAUCGUAAAAAACGUUCAUGGACUAAAGAUGUUAGUGGUUAUUACAUCUCCCGAAGGUUUUGGGUGCGAAAGUGAUAAAACGUGUAUCAUAUCGUGUCUAUUUGGAUUGGGAGGUACUGAAUUGAAAUAAUAGUUCUUCCAUUACCAUGGAGUUUAGCCAAUGUAUACAUUGGAUGCUGCGGCUUGGAGUGAGGAAAUGUCAGUGAGCUCCUUCCUAUCUAGUAAAUAAAUUUACUUAUUGAUUACCAUUCAUGCUGCGUUGAAUUCUAUUGUAUGUACAUCUUCUCUUUGCAACUGUGGAUGAUAUCUAAUGGAUGGCUCGCGUUUUUACACGCCAGUACACAUUUUAACCGAUAGUAGCAUUUUGGUUUUCUUCUUUCAUAAAUACAAUCUAUUCCAAUGUAGUCUUGAUAGGUUUCAGAUGAAGGCGAUGUGCUUUAUGUUUUCUCGAGGGAUUAUCGUUCAAAGCUAACUGCCAAGUCCUUUAAGAUGAAAAUCGAACCUCUUCUCGAAAAAUCAAAGGUACUUCCUGUUACACUGUUUGAUUUUGAUUGCAUUUGACCUUUUUUUUUUUAUUAAGUUCAUGCAGUUUUCUGCAGGCUGGUGUCGAGUACUUAAUUCGGGUAUCAUUUGGGACAGCACUUAUUGCUUCUAUUGUUCUCGUGUACACAACAAUUAUUACAAUUAUUUCUAGCAGAAGGUAGGUAUACCUAUAUUACCAUUUUAUUUAUGCAAAAUAGCAUAUUGUUCGUGCAACAAGUCACUGUCCUCGCCCUGAUUUUAUGUAUAUUUUUUCUUUUACCAUCACGCUCUAUCCUUCUAUCUCGUAAUUGGCAUGGGUGUAAACAUUCCUGAAGAACUGCACAUUUGGUUGAUGCCAAUGUCACAUUUGAAUUUUGCAAUAAAUUGAAUAAACAAUCACCAGGUAGCAUAUUUUCAGUUCAUUUACAAUUCCAUAAAAUACCUAGUUCCACGAUAUCAUCGACUGGAUGAUUGUGAUAUCAAACAUGUAACAGAAUAUAUAAGAAAAUGUAUAAAUAUAGAGAGAGAUUGAUUUUUGAAUUUUAUAAUAAUUAUUUUUGAAAUGAUCAUUGCUUUUAGUUUUUCUUUGAUGCAUAAGUGGAUAAUAUGAAUAAAAUGUUGGACAUGUUUUAUGGUCUUUGUCAUGUUUCUGUUACAGUGAUGAAGACAACCGUGGACGACGAGGUGGGAGAGGAUAUGACUCAAACUUUGCACUUUUCUUUCGCCCAUCCGAUCUAUUUUGGUAAAUCUUCUACUUCAUAGAGUAGAUAUAUAUAUAUAUAUAUAUAUAUAUUUUCGGGAUAUUGAAACCGUAGAAAAGCCUAAACCAAUCUGGUGUCUAGUGCUUUUAUCUAUGAAGCCUUUGUACAGAUGUUAUGUACAAGUACAAGUUCGGACUGUCUUCCUGAAUCGAAAUUUCCAUUCAUUAUGUGCCUUGAAAGUAGUAUGGUUGAAGAAGCCAGAUGUAAUAGGGGAAGCAAAUAGGUAGAGAACGAAACCCAUGGAAAACGGGAGAAUAUAUCAGGAUUUUAUUUCAUAUUUUCCAUUAAGGAAAUGGACGGUGUGAUUAUGCAUCCAGUAAUGUUGGUGGUGCAUGGGCCCAUUGUUCGUUGCUGGAGCAUCCAGGGGUAGUGAAAAUUUGGCAUAAACUGUCCAUCUCCUUCUUAGAUGGUUGCCAUUCUUUAAAGAAGAAUUUUCUCCCGAACGUGGUUUGCUAGUAUUUUUCUCACGUUUUAAUUUUGGGCAAGAACCUAGAAUUUACCCUUUCUUUUUCAUUGCCCUGUUCAGGUAUUGGGAUCCUUAUUACUACAGAAGGCAAAGAGUCAGGACUAAUGAGGGGAUGAAUUUCAUUGAAUCUGUAAGACAAUUCUGUUUUGCUCUUUGUUCAUCUUAUUUCCAUUUUACCUUUUUUUACAUGGUGAAAAAAUGAUACUUUUUCAGGUUUUUUCAUUUGUAUUUGGUGACGGGGAUCCAAAUCAAGGGCUUGAAGAAGAAAGAUGGAAGUUGGUAUAUUUCUAAUUUGGUCUGUUUUUGCAUGCAAAAUAACUGAUUGCUCUCACUAUUUUUAUUUUUAUUUGUAAUGUACCAGAGCUCUCACUAUUAUUUUACGUAGAAAAUAUUGCUCUUUAUUUGUGAUAUAUAUAUAUAUAUAUAUUAUACUUGUGAUUUCUUGAUGUGGAAGUUAAAUUAAAAACAUCAUAUAGUUAACAUAAUUUUAUUUACUGGAAUAAAUAUCCAUUUCUAUAAUUUAUUUACAGAAAUUUAGAUUCCCAGCAUCGUUCCUUUCCACAUCUGCAUAUAUAUAAUUUGACUAAAUUAACAAUACUCUUAAUGAGCUUUCUCACACCUUGCCCAGAGACCACCCCCUGGUUACUUCAAUAGGAGGCUGUGCCAAUGGGUGUUGGUUGCUUGAGAGCUUGAGGUCGGUCCCUCUAUAUGUGUGAGCCACAGCUUGUAUGUCCCAUCUCAGUUGACCCAUCAGUUGACCUCCAUAUGAGAACCAGAGCUUGUAUGUCGACCUAGUCACCCUCCCAUUCUGUAAUUCCUUUGAAAUUUUGCAAAGGGAAUUUAAACUUAGCACAGUAAUCACGCCAAUUAAUGGCACCAUCUCAGUUUGGGCUCCCCUUAUAGCUGCUGCAUUGAACCCUAGAUUUUGAGUAUCCUAUAGAUUUACUUUGUAAGCAUGGUACAUUCUGAUUCUAGCACAAAGCAGAUCUUGAGAUUCAUGUUUGUUACAUAUCUUGAAAGAAGUUAUGGUGCCUGCUCAUUUUCCUCAACAGAAAGAGACUGCAACAUGCUGUAUCAAUCAUUGACUUUCUUCUCGGUCGUUAUUUAGGCUGCAUUGUAUUGACCUAUUUUGCAAUCUGAUUCUACUCUGGGGUACGUGACUUGGCAGAUAGGAGAGUACAUAGCUUCAAACGGGGGAGUUGUCACCGGAGAAGAGCUUGCUCCCUAUCUUGAUGUCACCACAGAUGAGAGUCUGGUAUGGAGACAAUGCCUGGCUUUUCUCUUCAUAAUAAAGCGCAAAACGUUAGUACUAAAGAGUCACGAGUUGCAGUGGAAUGAUAAAAUGUCAUAUUACAUUAGUGUAGAUGAACGCCAUGUAUGUUGGGCCUUGAUUUCUUAUACUAUGAAACGAAAGCAACAAGAGCCGCGCUCUAGAUAUAAUUAUUCACCAUGCCCACGUUUCUGUAAUUUUAAGAUCAGUGUAUGUGUAAACUUGGGUCAUAUUUUCCCCAGUUAAGUGAGUUUCUUCCGUGAAGUGAAGGCUUCAGGAGCAUACAAUUCUUUUGUCAUUGACCGUAGGGAAUAAAGAAUGAAUGCUACAGAAGCAGCUGAUUCAUUGAUAUGAAACACAUUAUAAUAGUAUAGUUACUCUGCAUGUAUUGUAAAAAAAAUAGAAUCUGAUAUGCCAUAGUCAUAUUUUUCUUGUUUCCUUGAUCAAUUUAAUUUUGAUACAUUUUUCCUCAUGCGACCUGGUUUUUUUAAAAUGUGAACAGAAUGAUGAAUCAUAUGUCUUACCUGUGCUAUUGCGAUUUGAUGGACAUCCAGAAGUUGAUGAAGAGGUGCGUCGCCCAUGCUCAACAUUGUACUACUUUGUCAUCAUUUAGUGAAUGAUCUGGUGAGAUCGUUGCCAAGCCGCCUCCAAUUUCAUCUUACUCAUUUUAACAUAAUUCUGCAAUGUAUUCAACUUAUAAGUGUAUAUAACAUUUAUUAAAUCUGCCAUCAGCUUGUGACUGGAUGUCUGUCACCCAUGAAUGAUGUGUGCACGAAACUGCCUACUGUUACCUGUCCCAUGAAAAGAAUUCCAUCUUUGCCCAUACAUGAAGUGCCCUGAUUGCAUGCUGUUUGCCAUUGUAGGGGAAUAUUAUAUAUAGAUUUCCAUCUCUUCAACGGACAGCUUCACCGCAGAGGGUUGGCAGAAAGGAAUAUGUUGGCAGGCGAUGGGCUGAUUUGGUUGAUGGGGUCAAAAAUUUUUUUGAAGAGAAGAGAUGGGAUUUCAGGUUCUUUUUUUUUUUGCUCCCUUCUCGUCAAUAUAUUGUCUUCCAGGAAGAGCAGUGGCUCCCUCGUUUCAGCUUGGUUUGACCUAAUGCUGUGGAAAAUUCAUGCUGAAAAUAUUACACUUUUUCAUGCAUUCGAGAGUCAGAACCUCAGGGAAAUGUUUUGCGUGUCCAACGCCGAUCUUUCUACCUCGUAAUCCCGAUCUUUAUUACUUUAUGAGCCAUUCCUUCAGCGUGAUUUAUUCUUAAUUAUGCAGACUACUAUCAUCUUUUCUUUUCUUUUUUUUCUGCUAAACUGAAAGGCUCUCAAGCAUCUACCAUUCUGUGAGGCUUGACCUUCAUUUCAUUCCCCCCCCCCAUCACUUCCAAAAAAUAAUAAUUAAUAAUAAUCAAAUCUUCUUGGCAUGAAGGGCUUCCUCGAUUUGUGUGGUCUCUUAGGUCAAUGAUCAGGCAUAAACCCAUGGCAUGUUCCUAUUCUACUCUAGGGGAUUUUUUCUUUUUUCGGGAGAUGUUCCUUGAUAUCUGUGUUUAUAUCUUGAAUUUUCCAGCAAAACAGGGACCUCAGAGAGAGCGAUGGUGGUCGGUCUUGGGGGGCUCAAUCUUUUUGGGGUCAUCGUUCUUGGCACGAUACUGAAGUAGGCCAUUUAUUCUUCAUCGCGCUUUCUCUAGCUCUUUUUCUUCUUCUUUUCUUGGGAUUUUUUUUUUUUCAUGCUCACACCAUGCCAUCUUAACCUGAAGGGGUACUGCAGUCAGGCCUGCGGGGCUCAUCUCCUUCGUGGGUGACAUAUUUCCUCUGCUCCAGGUAUGCUGAUAUUUUCCUCAUAUUAUCCAUGAAAGAUUAUUCCAUGAGGACCUUAAUCCCACCCUAGGUUCUUAUUGUCAUGCAGAGUUAGCUUAAUUAAUUAUUUAUUUUUUAAAUAUUGGCCUGCCACAGCCCCCGGGAAUUUAUGAAAAAUAAUUAACCAAUGUUAUCUCGAAAAAUCUUUUGGAUCCAAAUAAAGUAAAAAGAAAGAAAAGAAGAGGGUUUCUCAGGCAAUACCAUGCAAAUGUUGCGAAUUUCUUUGGGAGAAUCCUUCUGUUUCUGGUGAUUGGAGAGUUUGUUUACUGCGCCGGAUGGCGAUCCAUGGCGCAGGUAUAUGCGGCCUCGUUCUUCGCGAUCCCUCUGUUUCGCUGGUUUCUUCUUCGGGGGAAGAACGCCCAGAUCGAGCUGAGGAACGCCGCGAGGAAGCAGAGAGCUCAAGCUCUCGAGUCCCCCGACCCCUCUCUCCGGCGGAAGGUGAGUGGAAAAUCCUCACGAGUUCCAACUCCGUACCUCUGUUUCUUCAUCAGAUCCAAUCCCCAUCAGUCGACCAAUCGAUCAUCAACUGCUGCUUCCUCUUUCUCUUCCCAGCUUCUGAGCGCGCGGGACAUGGCCCGGAGGACCAUCAUCGGGCCGGAGAAGAUCGUCUACAGCACGGAGGAGGACUUCGCCGGCGAGGACUUGGAGGCCCGCGACUGGGAGCGGCGCUUCAGAGAAGUCGAAGGACCCGACCGGAGGAGCUCUCGUCAGCCCCCACAGUGA